AUGGGAGUGAACACGGAUGGCGAGGAGAUGAGUAAAGAAUCAGCCGUACCAGAUGCAGUUGAGCAAACUGAGAUGGCUUGCGAGUUUGAACAACAACAUGAAAAUGAGAAGAGUCUCAUUCAAGAUUCUGAUGGUGACGUAGGAAUUCAGGAUCAGAAACUGGCCAAGGGAACCGGUAUACCACUGAUCACAUCACUGCAAAAAAUGCCAUCACACCAUACAUCCGGUGCUUUGGAUACUGAACGCAACGAAGCACAGAGAGAGCAUACAGAUGGUGGAGACAGUGUACUGUCUAAAGCGCCUACAUUACUUCGACCUGAUGCAGAUAAAGAGGACGAAAAGACAGAGCUGUCAAACGACGCUCUUGUAAAUUUGAAUACCGACACAUCUGCUGCUGACAAGUGCGUCCAUGUAGAAGAAUGCACAUCUCCUCUGCAGCCAGGUGAAAUCAUGGAAAUCUUAGGGACUGAUCCGAAUGACGCUUGGUAUGCCACGUAUAAUACACUGAAUGAAAUAUCCCUGAGUGAUACCAGUCUGUUCAAACUAGAGCUACCAUUCAACCCUGACGUAGACCAACUGGAUGAGGCAGGAUACACACCGCUCUACAAGGCAGCUUUAGAAGGUCAUCUCGAAGGUGUUCAGGAUCUCAUUACACGGGGAGCUAAUCCAAAUAAACCAAGUAAGGAUGGACUCCGUCCUCUUCAUGUAGCGGCUCAAGAAGGACAUACACACAUCGUUGACUUCCUCAUCCUUCAAGGAGCGGACGUAAGUGUAGGAUGUGAAUUGGGUCAGACGCCUCUUCAUACAGGAGCAUGCAGUGGCUAUACUUGUAUCAUAUAUAGUCUCAUCGCAGCAGGCGCUAAUGUGAACAAGGAAGAUAAAACAGGGCGGACUCCAUUCAAUGCUGCCGUUCAGGAUGGCCAUCAUGAAGCUGUCAAAUAUCUCACAAUCGAAGGAGCAAAGCAGAACAGAUAUGAUGGUAUGACCCCACUCUAUGCCGCUGCACAAUUUGGUCAUUUAGAUAUCGUCAAAUUCUUGGUAUUCAAAGGAGCUGAUGUGAACGAAGAAGAUGACAAAGGGAUGAUUCCUCUUCACGGUGCAGCUUCUGGAGGCAACUUGAAAGUCAUGGAAUACCUCAUUCAGCAAGGAUCUGAAGUGAACAAGAAAGAUAACACUGGGUGGACAGCAUUCAAUGCUGCCGUUCAAUAUGGCCACAUAGAAGCCGUCACAUAUCUCGUGACUGAGGGAGCGAAGCAGAGCAGAUAUGAUGGAAUGACCCCACUCUAUGCCGCAGCGUAUUUUGGUCAUUUAGAUAACGUCAGAUUCUUCAUAUCCAAAGGAGCUGAUGUGAACGAAGAAGAUGACAAAGGGAUGAUUCCUCUCCACAGUGCAGCUUUAGGAGGCCACUUAAAAGUCAUGGAAUACCUCAUUCAGCAAGGAUCUGAUGUGAACAAGGGUGAUGCUAUAUGUUGUACUCCAUUCAAUGCUGCUGUACAAUAUGGUCACAUAGAAGCCGUCAAAUAUCUCAUGACUAAAGGAGCGAAGCAGAACAGAUACGAUGGAAUGACCCCACUCUAUGCCGCAGCACAAUUUGGUCAUUUAGAUAUCGUCAAAUUCUUGGUAUCCAAAGGUGCUGAUGUAAACGAAGAAGAUGACAAGGGAAUGAUUCCUCUCCACGGUGCAGCGUCUGGAGGCAACUUGAAAGUCAUGGAAUACCUCAUUCAGCAAGGAUCUGAAGUAAACAAGGGUAUUGUCACCGGCUGGACUCCAUUCAAUGCUGCUGUACAAUAUGGUCACAUAGAACCCGUUAAAUAUCUUGUGACUAAAGGAGCGAAGCAGAACAGAUACGGAGGUAUGACCCCACUCUAUUCCGCUGCACAAUUUGGUCAUUUAGAUAUCGUCAAAUUCUUGGUAUCCAAAGGAGCUGGUGUGAACGAAGAAAAUGACAAAGGGAUGAUUCCUCUCCACGGUGCAGCUUCUGGAGGCAACUUGAAAGUCAUGGAAUACCUCAUUCAGCAAGGAUCUGAAGUGAACAAGAAAGAUAACACUGGGUGGACAGCAUUCAAUGCUUCCGUUCAAUAUGGCCACAUAGAAGCCGUCACAUAUCUCGUGACUGAGGGAGCGAAGCAGAGCAGAUAUGAUGGAAUGACCCCACUCUAUGCCGCAGCGUAUUUUGGUCAUUUAGACAUCGUUGAAUUCUUCAUAUCCGAAGGAGCUGAUGUGAACGAAGAAAAUUACAAAGGGAUGAUACCUCUCCAUGCUGCCACUUUUCGAGGCCACAUGGAAGUCAUGGAAUAUGUUAUUCAACAAGGAUCUGAUGUAAACAAGGGUGACGUCAAGGGUUGGACUCCAUUUAAUGCUGCUGUUCAAUUUGGCCACCUAGAAGCUGUCAAAUAUCUCAUGACUCAAGGAGCGGUGCAGAACAGAUAUGCUGGAAAGACCCCACUCUAUUUUGCAGCAUAUUUUGGUCAUUUUGAUAUCGUCGAAUUCUUCAUUUCCAAUGGGGCUGAUGUGAACGAGGGAAAUCAAAAAGGGAUGAUUCCUCUCCACGGUGCAGCUGCUCGGGGCCACUUGAACGUCGUGGAAUAUCUCACUCAACAAGGAUCUGAUGUGAACAAGGGUGAUGUCAAGGAUUGGAGUCCAUUCAAUGCUGCUGUUCAAUUUGGCCACCUAGAAGCUGUCAAAUAUCUCAUGACUCAAGGAGCGGAGCAGAACAGAUAUGAUGGUAUGACCCCACUCUAUGCCGCAGCAUUCUUUGGUCAUUCAGAUAUCGUCAAAUUCCUCAUAAACAACGGAGCUGAUGUGAGCGAAGAACUUGAUGACGGGAGGAUUCCUCUUCAUGGUGCGGCUACUCGAGGCUACAUACAGGUAAUGGAAUAUCUCGUUCAGCAAGGAUCUGAUGUGAACAAGAAAGACAAGUCAGGCUGGAUACCGUUCAAUGCUGCCGUUCAAUAUGGGCAUCUACUAGCCGUCAAAUUUCUCUGGAACAUGAAGGCGACAGAGAGUACAUAUAACGGAAUCACUCCACUACAUUGCGCAGCGAGAUUUGGUCAUAUAAACGUUGUAAACUUCCUCAUUUCCAAAGGAGGUGAUGUGAAUGAGGGAGACUGUAUAGGCCAGAUUCCUUUACAUGGUGCAGCUGUAAAGGGUGACAUUGAAAUGCUACAAUACCUCAUUCAUCAAGGGUGCGAUGUGAACAAGAAAGACGACACCGGAAUGACCCCACUAACUGUUGCUGCUCAAUAUGGCCAUCUGGAAGCUGUCAACUAUCUUAUGACUAAAGGAGCAAAUCUGAACAGAUUUGAUGGUAUGACCCCACUUUAUUCCGCAGCUAAAUUUGGUCAUUUACACAUCGUGGAAUUCUUGAUUUCCAAAGGAGCUGAUGUAAACCAAGAAGAUGACCAAGGAAAGAUUGCUCUCCAUGGUGCAGCUACUCGAGGCCACAUGAAAGUCUUGGAAUAUCUCAUUCAACAAGAGUCUGAUGUGAAUUUGAAAGAUAACACAGGGCGGACACCAUUCAAUGCUGCCGUUUUAGAGGGCCAUCUGGAAGCUGUCAAAUAUCUCAUGACUAAAGGAGCGAAGCAGAACAGAUAUGAUGGUAUGACACCACUCUAUGCCGCAGCAAGAUUUGGUCAUUUAGACAUCGUAAAAUUCUUAAUAUCCAAUGACGCUGAUGUGAACGAGGAAGAUGAAAAAGGGAUAAUUGCUCUCCAUGGUGCAGCUAUAGACGGUAACAUAGCAGUUAUGGAAUAUCUCAUUCAGCAAGGUUCUGAUACAAACAAGAAUGAUGACGAUGGGUGGACGCCAUUACAUGCCGCAGUCAGAAACGGCCAUUUAGAAGUUGUCAAAGUUCUCUUGGCAGAAGGAGCUCAGUUUACCAGGUUUGAAGGAUUGUCACCACUUUACAUCGCAACACAGUAUGACCAUGUUGACGUGGUAAACUUCCUAGUCUCCAGUACAUAUGAUGUGAACGAAAUAAAUGACGGCGGCAAGUCCCCUCUUCAUGCAGGAUGUUACAAGGGUAACAUGGACAUCGUUAAAGUUCUCAUUCACCACAACGCUAACGUCAAUGAACGAAAUCAUGAUGGAUGGACACCAAUAGAAGCCGCUGCUCAAGAAGGACACCAAGACAUAGUCGAUUACCUUACAUUGAAUGAAGCAGACAUGAACCUGAAGGAUAUAGAUGGUUUGUCGCCGCUGCAGGUAGUUGCGUUUCCAAAUGUAAUAGAAUGCAUCUCUUCACGUUGGGGUGAUCCAUGUGAGGAAGAAACAAGAUUUCCACGAUCCGGAGGUCACCAUAAUCUCAUCACAAGAGGAUAUGUGACGGUGGCAAUGACGGAUGCAGACGACACGCAGUCACGUAUAGGACAGUUAUCAUCUCAGAUAGACGAGCAGAAUGCAGAAGAUGAUGUGUAUGGCUGCACUCAAGCUGAUAAAACGGAGAGAGGAGCCGAUGAACUCUCCUUGACGAAUCUUCCCACACGGACCCAUUAUGAUCAAACAGGUGGCAACGGCGAACACAAUCCUUUCAUUCAUGCUAAGCUGAAAUAUCGUGACAAAGGUGAACGAGAUCCAAUGCUAGAUCAGAUGGAGGCAAUUAAGUGCACCGGGACAAGGAAUAGAGACACCAUAACAAAUGGCGCAGACUGUUCUUCCCCGCAUGCACCUCAUACAUGGCAAUACAGCGGAUUCGAUCCACCCUCUCUACAAAACAUGGAGACUGAUGGUCACCCGUCUGAAGAACCGGAAUCUAGAUGUCACCUACUAAUUGACGAAAACAGGAAAAUGAGAGAAUCUUCUUCACCGAUGAAUGCUGGAGAUGAUCUAGCAAUCAACGAACCAUCAAAGAUUGAGAGGUACUAG